AUGGAGGUGACCGCCGCGGCGCAGCGCGCAGAGGCGGAGGUUCAGAAGCACGCCGCCGCGCACGCGCAGGCGGCAGCGCAGGCGCAGCAGCUGCAGGCGCAGGCGCAGAGCCUGCACAUACAGGCCGCGAUGACGAACGCGGCGGCGGCGCCGCCGGCCGCCGCGGCGGCGCUGUCUGCCGGCGGCGUCCUGCUUGCCGGGGCGCCGCUGGCCGCCGGAGGCCCGGCCCCGCCGGUGGCUCUCGCGAGCAGCGGUUCGUUCAGCGCUGGCCAGGCGGGGUCCAUGGUGGCGGGCCAGGCGGCGGCCCCUCCGCAGAUCAUCUCCGCGGGCGCCCCUUCGGGGGCGGCGCCCGCCGCCGUCGAUCCCGGGGCGCGCAACGUCGUCGGCCCCGGCCUGGCUGUUGCAGGAAUCCCAGGCGUCAAUUCGGUGGGGAUCUUGCAGGCGCACCCCUCCCCGCCGCUGGCGCCCGUCCAGGCGCCGGUGGUCACCACCCAGCUGCCCAUCCCGGCCGUCGCGCAGUCGAUACCCAUUGUGGUGUCCAGCGCGGCCAUGGUCGCGGCCGCGAUGUCGCUCGGCGGCCCGCAGCAGCCGCCGGCUGCCCUGCACGCGGGGCUCCCCGUCGUGCCCGCAGCGGCGGCGCCGCCGCAGCAGCACCAGCUGCAGCAGCUGCAGCAGGGGCACCAGGUGCUGCUGUCGCUGUCCCCGCCGCUCGCAGGGGGCGCGGGCGCGGGCGGGGGGGGCGGCGCGUCCGUCUCGGCGCACUCUGGCUCGGUGCUGCCACCCCACAGCGAGGCGGGCGGCACCCCCUCAACGCAGCCGAUGGACCCCGUGACGCAGCAGCAGUUGGCGCAUCACCAAGCGGCGCAGCAGCAGGCACAGCAACAGCAGCAGCAGCAGCAGCAGCAGCAGCACGCAGCCAUACAGCAGGCAGCGCUGCAGCACCAGCAGCAGCACCAGCAGCAAAUGCUGCAGCAGCAGCAACUGCAGCAGCAGCAGCAGCUCCAGCAGCAGCAGCAGCUCCAGCAGCAGCAAUUGCAGCAGCAACAGCAGCUGGAGCAGCACCAGUUUCAGCUGCACCAGCAGACGCCGCAGCAAUCGCAACAAUCACAGCAUUCGUCGCAGCAGCUUCAGCAGCAGCAGCAGCAGCAGCAGCAGCAGCAGCAGCAGCAACAGCUGCAACAGCAGGUGCAGCAGCAGCAGCAGCAGCAGCAGCAGCAGCAGCAGCAGCAGCAGCAGGUGCAGCAGCAGCAGCAGCAGCCCCCGCAGCAGCAGCAGCAGCAGCAAGCGCAGGUUGACCCCGCCUCGGCAGCCGCCGCUGCUGCCCAGAUUGCGCACGCGGUCAGCUUACAGGCGCAGCAACAGGCCGCCCAGGCUGCACACGUACACGCGCAGCAGGCGGCACAGCUGCAGCAGGCACACGCAGCGGCGGCCGCCGCGCACGCUGCGAGCAUCCAGGCGCAGCAGCAGGCGCAGCUGCAUGCAGAGCACGCCGCGGCGAUUGCCGCGGCGCAGGUGCAGGCUCAGGCAGUGUCGAUGCAGCAGCAGGCGGCGGUGUCCGUGAGCGGGGGCGUGCAAGGCUCGCAGCAGCAGCAGCAGCAGCAGCAGCAGCAGCAGCAGCAAUCUCACCUGCCCGCUGUAAGCGUGAGUGGGAGCACGGCCGGCCUGCCGCCGCUGCCCCCGCGUGAGGGGUCGAUCAAUGGGCCCGCCUCCUCGGCGCUGAUCCUCCCGGCACCCGUCGCGCCGGGAGGGGCGCCCGUCGCUGCUACACCUAUAGCCCACUGCGACAGCUCGGCCUCGCUGCAUGCGCUGAUGCAGCAGCAGGCGCAGCAGCAGCAGCUGGAGCAGCACAACUUCCAUUUGCAGCAGCAGCAGCAGCAGCAGCAGCAGCAGCAGCAGCAGAUGCAAAUGGUCCUACCAGAGGGCGCAGCGGACGCCACGCCGCGCACCUCCCUGCAUGGUGCCACGCCCCCAACCGUGUCGGCGGCCCCAUCGCCUGGCGACCCUGCGGCCGCGGCGGCGGCGGCGGCGGCGGCGGCGGCGGCGGCGCACAUGCCCGCCAGCAUGCUCGCGCAGCCUGCGGCCGUCCUGCCGCUGGGGCCGGGCACCCACUCCGUCGUCCUACCCCAGGUGGCGCAGAAGCAGGCGCUGCUGCAGCACGCGGCGCAGCUGCCGCCCCUGCCCCCGCAGCAGCACCACCACCACCAGAACCACCCGCAGCCGCACCAGCCGCACCAGCCGCAGCAGCAGCCGCAGCAGCGGUCCCUCAACGGGCAGGGGCUCAACGCGGCGCCCGGCGUGCUGCUGGCGAGCCUGGUCGACCAGGCUCUUUCGGGCCACACCCUGGCUGAGCAUGCGCUGGCCGCGGCGGCGGCGGCGCCGCUCACGCCGCUGGACCCCCACAGCUUGCUCGGGGACCUCGCAUCACCGAUGCUGCCGCCGCCGCGCGACCCGGCCGAGCCCUCCCAAUACUCGUCCAUGGCGCCGCCGCCGGCCAAGGUGCCGCGCCUCAUGCCGCCGGGCGAUCAGGGGACGCCGGCAGCCAAGGCUGCUGGGCCCGCGGUGCAGCAGCAGCAGCAGCCGCCAUUGGACGCGAUCGAGGCGCAGCUGAGCGCGCACAGCGGCGGCGGGCAGGGGUUGCCGGCGCACGACCUCGACCCCCAUGCGGUGCAGCUGCUGGUGGCGGCUCCCGGCCACCGGCCCGCUGCGGGGCCCGAUGCCGCAGGAGCGCCCCCGCCGCCGGUCAUUUGA